AUGUCGAGCCAGCGCGGCUACUCGCCUGCGACCUCGUUCGGCUCAAUCUCGCCGGGCUCGGCCUCGUCCUCGUCCUCGACCGACCACGACCGCGACCACAACUCGACCUCGAACACCGCCUCUCCAGGCUACAACGGUCAGCGUCGCAAGAACACGAGAACGGCAUCCUGCGACGCCUGCAUCAAGUCCAAGCGCGCGUGCGACCUUCUCGCACCAUGCCGGGCGUGCGAGAUGCGCGAUUUCGAGUGCACCUACUCGGCCGUCGACCCCAAAGCUCGCCUCGGCCGCCUUCUCGCCAUCGAAGCUGCCGACGUCGAACGCACGAUCGCCCUUCGCGACCUGCGCAACGAGUGCGACAAGCUCUCGCUCCGCGUGAACGAGCUCAAGACGCGCCUCGGCCUGAGCGACGACGAGCUCGACGCCCUGCAGCAGCUCGCGAACGAGCAGAUGCUCGCCGACAAGCCUCGGUUCGACAAGCAGCGUCUGAGCGGCAAGGCGGCGCUCAUGGCCGCCGCGGCGCCGACGGCGAGACGCCGCACGCCCCUCUCGACGGCCUCGACGCCUCCCUCGCCGCCGCCGAGGUUCGGCUCGGGCGCGCUCGCGGCGACAGCAGCUUCGCCGUCGCCCUCGACGCAGAACGCUGCACCGUCGCGCCAGUCGCACAAGCGCGGCCGCAGCGACGAGGGCGCCAGCUCGGUCGACGAGGACGGGCUCGAGCGCGACGACGCCAACUCGGCGGACGAGAUGCCCCCUCCUCGUACCGCUCCCACUCGGCGUCAGCCCCCUCGCGCCUCGUACCGCCGCACCUCGCUCCCUCGCUCGACCACCGCGCCUGCACCACCACCCGCACGCGCUCUCGCCGCCACCAACCCGCCGCCACUUCCUCCCUUCGACCCUUCCGGCCGGCCCUAUCCCGCCGCCGCGUACCACUUCCCACACACGUACCCGAUGCCGCCCCAGGCGCCCAUGCCCGCACCGCCGGCGUGGAUGAGCCCGCUCCUGCCGACGCUCUACCCCGUCCUCCCCGUCCCGCACGGCCACCGGACGUGGGACACGCCGCGACUCGAGCGCCGAGGCUUCUCGUCGCCGGCGUCGGCGUCGCUCGGACUCGGACCCGGGGCGAUGUCGGGACGUGGAGGAGGCGAGCCGCAGCUGGGAAGGCGUUGGGCCGGUCCUGCGCUCGAAGGCUCGCAGCGAGGGACGACGUUCGACACGGGCAGGACGAGGUGA